GCGGAGCGCGCACGGCGCGCGCGGGACUCUGAGCUCCGGCCGCGCCGCGCGUCCCCACCUUCCCAAGGGGCUCCCCCGCCGACCUCUCCCGCGGGCCAUGAGGCUUUGGCCUGGAGCUCCUCGCCUCUGAGCCGCGCACCGCCUGCUCCAGCCCCAGCGCCGCUCGGCCACUGAUAGCACUCCGGCCGCUGAAGCUCCCCAUCCUCUCCCAGGGACGGCACCAGGCGCUCCGGGAUGGCGUUCCGCGGGACCCUUCGGCCGCUCAAAGUUCGCAGGAGGCGAGAGACGCUGCCGCAGCAAGUUGGCUUCGUGUGCGCGGUGCUGGCCCUGGUGUGCUGUGCGUCUGGCCUCUUCGGCAGCUUGGGGCACAAAACAGCUGCUUCUAGCAAACGUUUCCUGCCAGACAUGUGGAGAAAUAGAAAGUUGAUGGCCCCAGUGAAUGGGACACAGACAGCCAAGAACUGCACAGAUCCUGCGAUUCACGAGUUCCCCACAGACCUGUUUUCCAACAAGGAGCGACAGCAUGGAGCCGUCUUGUUGCACAUCCUUGGUGCACUGUAUAUGUUCUAUGCCUUGGCCAUAGUGUGCGAUGACUUCUUUGUCCCGUCUCUAGAGAAGAUCUGUGAGAGGCUGCAUCUGAGUGAAGAUGUGGCUGGAGCCACCUUCAUGGCUGCAGGAAGCUCAACACCAGAGCUGUUUGCCUCUGUAAUUGGUGUGUUCAUCACCCACGGGGACGUCGGGGUCGGCACCAUCGUGGGCUCCGCCGUGUUCAACAUCCUGUGCAUAAUCGGAGUGUGUGGGCUGUUUGCUGGGCAGGUGGUCCGUCUGACGUGGUGGGCCGUGUGCCGAGACUCCGUGUACUAUACCAUCUCUGUCAUUGUGCUCAUCGUGUUCAUAUAUGAUGAACAAAUUGUGUGGUGGGAAGGCCUGGUGCUCAUCAUCUUGUAUGUGUUUUAUAUUCUGAUCAUGAAGUACAAUGUGAAGAUGCAAGCCUUUUUUACGAUCAAACAAAAGAGCAUUGCAAAUGGCAACCCGGUCAACAGUGAGCUGGAGGCUGGUAAUGAUUUCUAUGACGGUAGCUAUGAUGACCCCUCCGUGCCAUUGCUGGGGCAAGUGAAGGAGAAACCACAGUAUGGCAAAAGCCCCGUGGUGAUGGUGGACGAGAUCAUGAGCUCCAGCCCUCCCAAGUUCACCUUCCCAGAAGCAGGCUUACGAAUCAUGAUCACCAACAAGUUUGGGCCCAGGACCCGACUACGGAUGGCCAGCAGAAUCAUCAUUAAUGAGCGGCAGAGACUGAUCAACUCGGCAAACGGUGUGGGCAGCAAGCAACUUCAAAACGGAAGACAUGAGAACAUUGAGAACGGGAAUGUUCCUGUGGAAAACCCCGAAGACCCUCAGCAGAAUCAGGAGCAGCAGCCGCUACCACAGCCACCUCCCCCAGAACCAGAGCCAGUGGAGGCUGGCUUCCUGUCCCCGUUCUCCAUGCCCGAGGCCAGAGGGGACAAAGUCAAGUGGGUGUUCACCUGGCCCCUCAUCUUCCUCCUGUGCGUCACCAUUCCCAACUGCAGCAAGCCCCACUGGGAGAAGUUCUUCAUGGUCACCUUCAUCACCGCCACGCUGUGGAUUGCUGUGUUCUCCUACAUCAUGGUGUGGCUGGUGACUAUUAUUGGAUACACGCUUGGGAUCCCAGACGUCAUCAUGGGCAUUACUUUCCUGGCAGCAGGGACAAGUGUUCCAGACUGCAUGGCCAGCUUAAUUGUGGCAAGACAAGGUCUUGGGGACAUGGCAGUCUCCAACACCAUAGGAAGCAACGUGUUUGACAUCCUGGUAGGACUUGGCGUACCAUGGGGCCUGCAGACCAUGGUUGUUAAUUACGGAUCAACGGUGAAGAUCAAUAGCCGGGGGCUGGUCUAUUCGGUGGUCCUGUUGCUGGGCUCUGUCGCUCUCACCGUCCUCGGUAUCCACCUAAACAAGUGGCGGCUGGACCGAAAGCUGGGCGUCUACGUGCUGGUUCUCUACGCCAUCUUCUUGUGCUUCUCCAUAAUGAUAGAGUUUAACGUCUUUACCUUCGUCAACUUGCCGAUGUGCCGGGAAGACGAUUAGCGCUGAGUCGCAGCCCCUGGGAGCUGAUCUGGACACCCUGUGACACUGGCGUCCUCCUCUCCCCACCACCCCCACCACAGGUCUCUCCUGCAUAGGCAGCCACCGUCUGUUCUUUCAUGCACUGGAAGGAAGAGCCAUGUGGUCUUUGUCUGGUCACAGGCCAGGCUGCCGGGCAUCCUCCUCCUCCUUGGAGUUCCGCCCCUGCAAGGCUGGAUUCGGGGGCCAUUAUCUGAGCAGCUUCCAAGACCCCUGAGCUGCCAACCACAGAGAUGUGUGGGCAUCUCGUCUCUCCUGCACACGUUAGUCAGAAGGACUUCUGCAUGCAGUUUGUCUUUCUGUUCCGCAGGCAGCCUUGAAAAUGAAGUCAUUUGUGAGCAGGAGCUCUCAUAGGGCAGGUGCAAAAUAGGAAUGUUGUUCUGAAGUGUCACCUCUGGCCCAGAGGUGGUUCCUUAGGCAGCAGGUACUCCUGGGAGCCUCCAACUUCUGCUUGAAGCACCCACGGUUUGGAAGAGGCAAGACCUCAACCUGUUGGGGGUUUAGGGCCCAUGAUGGCAGACAUUCUACCCCUUUUCCUGGAAAAACUGGAAGAAUGAAAAUAAUCUUCUUCUGCAGAAGAGAGAAAAUGAGUGAUGAAUAUUCUUCCCACUUUAAUUGAUGCAUUCAGAGAAUAAGCAAUGAAAUAUUAAAAAGGAAACAUCAUCUAGGUCAUCAUACUUGAAAACUUCCAUUCCAUAUGAAAGGAUCGUGAUACCGACCAGAAAGGUCAUGAGCAUAGAGACACAGAUCCUCUGUGCACCAUCUUGCAUUGGCGCUGAGAUGCUUGGUUUGGGAUAGAGAAAAAGGGGAGAGACGGACGUGGAAAGGUGCUAACUCAGAGACUGGAGAUUAUAGUUUACAGCUGUACUUUCCAGAUCUUCUAUGUGACAAUGCACUGUCCAUGUGGGUUUGUCAUGUCUUUGUUAAUGCUGUAGUUUCAAAAGCACCCUGUGGAAAGGCCCAGUUGUUUAUUUGCCCAACAAAUUUCAUAGCCUGCUGAACUGGACUGAGAGUCCGAAGUGCUGGUUAGUGACGAGAAGAGACAUUGCCUGCGAUACAACAAAUUGCUUUCUGGUUAGCUGAAGGCAAGCGUGAAAAUCAUCAUUUAGAAUAUUUAGAGCUAAGCUUCUGGAAUCAUGUCAUUUACAUGUGAAAGGCCACAAAUGGAAGGCUGACUCAAAACUACAUAGAAAGAUGUAAAAUAAUUUUCCACCACUUCAUAGCUCUCAAAUAUAUAUUUAAAAGAUGUAUGAAUACAAACCAGGUAUGGUUUCUAAAAAAAGAAAGCACAAUUAAUUUUAUAGAGAGGUUUUUUAUUUUUUUAAUAUUUCUAUUGCAAAAGUCUAUCCGAUUUGAUGCACUUUGAAUAUUGAGAUAUUUUGCACGGAUGAAUGUAUGGGAACUACCCAUGAUGAUGUAAGAGGAAAGAACAUUUUUCGUGAUUCACCAGACAUUGCUUUCAACAUAGUUAUGAGUUUAAAUCCAGUAGCUAAUCCCUUCCUGAGACUCAAAGGUGGUGACCCGGGUGGAAAUUUCUGUGCUCUUUAGGGCCUCCUGAGUUUCAAAAGGAGGAAGCGUUCAUGCUUGUGUCCCUGGCUUCCCUGUUGCGUGAGCCUGCCUCGGGCCCUCACCCCCACCCCCAGGCUUCUAUUCGGGAUUCACAUCAGUAUUUGUAUCAUGGCUACACCAAGUUCAGGUUUUUCUCUUUUUGUUUUUUACCUAAAAAUUGGGCUCUGUGGUGGUCUUCCACUUGAGGGUGAGGGUGGUUUUCCUAAGAAAUCAGCAAAGCACGAAGGCAGGGACCCUGCAGGUUCACCAGUAUAAGCUUUAGCUUCCGGGACUCCAGAGCCCUUGGGUCCACUCUGUGCCCUGAGUAGCUUAGUUCUCCUGUUUCCUCCCACCUUACAGGCUCAGCCAGGUUCCAAAGUGCUUCUGUCUCUGUUUUGAUUCUCCAAACGGCCCUGUGAUGUAUGUGGGGAUGAUUCUCCCCAUUUAACAGAACGUAGUGUCUUCGAGAGGUCAAGGGACUCUAGUUCAGUGGCCAGUCAUAGCAGAAGGGAGGCCAAGCCCCAGCCCAUCACCCCUCCCAGUCCAGCCUCUGAGUUGGCCACACUUGGGGAGUGAGUGUGGGUAUGACUUCAUCCUGCUGGUUGGUUCUUACUGUUUGAGUCAAAACCUCUUCAAUAUAUCAUUGACUCCUGGGUUCCUCAGGUCGUAUCCUAAUAUCUGUCCCUAUCCAAUGCCUCUAUUUUUUCUUGAAAAGAAGACCAAAAAUUAUUUUUAGCUAUGACAAGGCACAGGCCACGUGGCCCCUGUUGGCAUCCCUGCUGGUUUUCGAUUCUCUGAAGCCUGGUGUAGCUUUCAGAGCAUACAUAUCCUAAUUAGCCUCCUCUUCCUCAGCAGAAUCCAUUUGAGAUUAUAAAUGGAUACUUUUGGUCUCUAAAGUUGCAGUUAGAAACUAAAAUGAUGUUUUUAAUAUGUGACAUGCUCCUUUUGGCUAAUUUUCUUUUGACUUUAAUGUGCCAAUGUAAUUUCCUUCAAAGGAUCUAUGCAUCUAUUAAAUCUAGAAAACUAUAUGUACACUGUAGGUGGAAAAUUCUCUUUUUUAACUAAAUAUUUUUCCAUCACAAGUUUAAAAAAUUGCAUGAUGAAUUAGGCCAUCAUUUUUAAAUUACGCUUUCAUCACUAUGCAGGAUUACUUUAUUUUAUUCCCAAAGCUAAUUAGCAUGGGGUAGUUACUCUGGUACGGAAAUAGGCAAUUGGAAAAAAUGAAUUUAGCUCUUCUCAUUGAGGGCAGGAAAGAAGGAAAA